AUGACGUCUGUGCUAGCCAUCGUCAACGCACAACGUGUGUGGCGUGGUGCUUCGGCUCUAAAGCCGACCGUGGCAUCGUCGUACCCGCCUGAGGUGGACGCUCUGCUAGUGGAAGGCGGCCUCAUCAGCUUCAUCGGCAGCACCGAAGAGGUGCUGCAACGCUACGGCGAGCUGGUAGCUAUGCAGCCCGCGGACGCGGCAGCAGCAGCCCCUCAGCCGGUGGAAGGCGGCCGUCCACGCGCGGUUUCGCACAACGUUAUUGACUGCGAACACCGCCACGCCGUGUACCCCGGGUUUAUCGACUCUCACGUGCACUUCCUCGACGGCGGUCGCAUGCUGCUCGCCCCUCAGCUCGGCUUUGCGACGAGCAGAACACAGUUCUUAGCAAUUGUCCGAGACUUCGUAGAGCACCGGUACAACCGUGAGGAGGGCGGCUGGGUGUACGGCUUCGGCUGGAGCGAGGCGGUGCUGGGCUGCUCACCGACGCGUGAGUGGCUGGAUGAGGUAAGCACGGAGAUUCACCUCGUCAUGUACAGCAAGGACAUGCACUCCGCAGUCAUGAAUACAGCCGCGCUGCGCAGCUGCCACAUUAUCCCAGGCGCUGACGAUGGCGAGCCGCUAAUCACCUCCGUCGAGGGUGGCGUUAUCGAGCUAAACGAGAACGGUCUACCGAAUGGUGUCCUCCGUGACAACGUCAUCCAGCUGACGAAGCGCUACGCGCCUGCCGCUGAUACGCCCGCCAACCAGCGUCGUGCACUCGAGGCCUCUACUGAACAUCUUCUCUCGCUCGGUUUCACCUCCGUCUUCUCCAUGAUGUCGACCACGUACAUGGACAAUCUGAAUGAGAUCAACUUCCUCGCUCAAAUGGAGCACGGGGGCGCAAUGCGGCUGCGCGUGCGGUAUGGCGUGCCGCCAAGCGAUGUGGAGCCCUUCAUGGAGAAGUUCUACAGCGCGAUGGCGGCGGACGCGGCGCAGUCGGGCCGCAGCGACGCCUUCAUGCUGCCCUACCGCUUUACCAUGACGCCGCCGGCGGCUGGUGGCGGUUACCUGCUGCUAGGCGCGGUGAAGCUGUUCGCGGACGGGUCGUUGAGCUCGCGCACUGCGGCGAUGAACCGGCCUUACGGCUACAACGUCAUGACGGAGGGUGACAUCAGCAGCGACCUGGACGACGCAGAGAUUAGCGCGAUCCUGGCGGAACGGUCGGGUGGGCAGUGUCAGUGCGGGCUGCUGACGAUGCCGCGGCUGGAGUUGCAGGGUGCUAUCCGCCUUGCACACUCACACGAUCUGCAGUGCGUUGUGCACGCGAUUGGCGACCGUGCUGUGGCAACGGUCAACCGUGCGCUGUGCGCGUCGGCGGACUGGCUGCGCGAGCGUGAAGCGGAGCCCGGGGUUGUGGCGGCAGUAGCGCGCUUUCGCGCCGACCCGCGCUCGCGCGUGGAGCACUGUCAGCACAUGUCCAACGUGGCAAAGGAAGUGAGGCGCAUGGCGCAUUAUGGGAUCAUCGCGUCCAUGCAACCCUGUCACCUUCUGUUUGAUGGUGACUACGUAGACGAGCUGCUAGGGCAGCGCCGAAAGGACACGGCGUAUAUGUGGGGAACGCUGCUGGCGGCAAAUAUUCGGGUGGAUCUGGGCUCGGACUGGCCUGUAGCGCCCGCGGACGUGAACGAUGGGCUGCGCGGCGCGGUGACACGUGUGCCGGAUGUGAUGAUGGCGCUAGCGGCAGAGGAGGCGCAGCAUCAGAGCAAACAGCAGGCGCAGCAGUCGGCUGACAGCACAGCUGCCGGUGCGGUCACAGCAUUACGGCGCUACCACGAUACGUGGAAUCCCACCGAGUGUAUCUCUAUGGACACGGCACUGCGGACGUACACGUACGAAGGCGCACACGGCAUGUUUAUGGAGGACUACUUAGGCACACUGGAGGUGGGCAAGUACGCUGACAUCACGGUGUGGACGGCGGACUGGCUAGAUGACACAGGUAUGAAGCAGAUGGUGGGAGUGGAGGGUACGAAUGCGCGAUGGUGGCCGCGCCACCAGGAGCCGCGCGUCGCCUACACGGUCGUCGGCGGUAUCGUGGAGUACCGCUCGCACUAA